GCUUAGGUCAACUACAACCUCCAUCUCCCUUCCUUGAUGCUCGUUAUGGAUCGCCAGACCAAUUAGGGGACGCCAGCUCACUAUGAUAGGAAUUUCUAACCACGGGUUGAGUUAAUUCCAAGAAGGGUGCAGUUUGUAAUGUACCAAACUUGGCAUUUCAGCACUCCACCGACAUUUCAGCUUCAUCAUUGCGCGCAUCAGAUACUACAAGGGGGGCUUGCAGACAAACAUGGGGGUCCGCAAAUAGAGCCAGUAACUAAUAUCUAUGAUCUUCCUCCAGCUUGACAAGGGCAAAGUCAAUAUUCGUCAGCGUCGUAGCCGCAACGGCCGAGACAUAUCACGACGGCUAAGCUAUUUCUUCGUCCUAUACUAUGUAUGUUAUAGCCGAAGGAGGGCAGCUUCAUGAGCUGCACGCGCAGUGUUAGGAUGUCAGCCAGAAUCUAUAUCGCAAAGACGUGGGGGGUUGGUUCGAACUGUGUAGGCUAAGGGAGGGCGCCUAGAGCAGGCAGAUUAAGAUGAUGGCCAACAAUCGCAGGUUUGCGAGAUAAUCUGUCACCUAAAUAGAAACACAAUGUCCCCCUCUAAAUUCGUUUCCACCUGAACAACUUUCUCCCUCACACAACUCUGGCAGUAAAUUCUUCUUCAUCGAAGCUUUUGUGCCACCCAAACCCGCAUCAUGAGUAAUAUAUGGGACGACGCUGGGGCUAUCCCGCCAGUCCUCGAUGGACGUAAACUUGAAAUCUAUAGCCGGGAAACCCCAGAUAUCAUCAAUGCACAAGAUCCUAGGUCUGGGUUGACACCACUGGCUAAGGCCAUACUUGCUGGUAAUGUGAAGACAGUCAGGCUCCUACUCGACAGCGGCGCCAGCCCUGACACGAAGAUGCGGGAUGGACGAACUCCAAUGUAUAUGGCGGCAGAUGCCACACAGAAUAGAGCGCGUUUUAUCCAGCUCCUUCUCGCAAAGAACCCUGCCACAUUCGACGAUGCGGGACCAGACUUUGUUCAAAACAACACACCUUUGAUGGCCGCUGUCAAGAGGGGCGACCCUGAGGCCGUCAAGUUGCUUGUCGAGCGAGGGGCUUCGAAAGAGAAGAGGAACGCUGCCGGAAAGACACCAAACGACCUCGUGAACGAGUCUAAGCCGAACAGCGAUGAGGUCAAAAAGUCUCUGGCGAUUGUCCCUAGCAAAGGUGUAGGUGGCCUUAUGACCUACAUCAAAGCAUGGGUUUUGCCAGUGCUUGCUUAUUUUGGACUUUUCCGACCCCUGGCCGACAUUUUCGAUGCCGCGGCCCGGGCUUUCUUUGGUAUCCGGGAAGAUGGGCCGCUACCAGGGGAGGAUGUUUCCGAGCCAUCAACGCCGGAGGAGUUCAAGAAAAAUUUGGAAAAUAUGGUGGCACGAGGAGGUCUCGAACGGUUCUUCCCUCCUGGGGAUCCUUACGUCCAACAGGUCGCUGAUAAGGCUGCUGAGCUUAAGAACGACCCCAACAAUCUCCUGAAUUCGCCCGCUCAGAUUGACGCUCUUGCUAAAUUGGCCUUGUAUCAACCCAUACUAUAUUGCGAUGACAGUGGUUCAAUGUGGAACGAGGAUAACGGCCCUGGUACCAAUAAGGGGGAUCGAUGGCAGUCCCAAAUAGAACUCGUCAGGAAGAUGACUGAUAUCACCACGCGUGCUGUUCCAAACAAGAGAGGCUGCGAUCUUCGCUUCAUUAAUAGAGAUAUCCCUGAUAGCAACAACCUCGAUGGCGCGGCCAUCCGACAAAUUUUCAACGACUAUGGCCGCGGCACCGGUUGGACACCGAUAGGAACAUCGUUGAGGAAACACGUCCUCGAUCAACUCGUCUACAAAGACUUGGACUCAGGCACCCUCAUCAAGCGUCCGUUCCUCGUGAUGUGUAUCACCGAUGGUUUCCCGACACAGGAACGCGCGAUGGAGGGCACUACACCAGGGCCUGAGGACGCAAAUCAGAACCAAGACGCAGAUCGAUUCCGCAAGGAAAUUCGUAAAUGUGGCCAAUUACUCGAAAGCAAAGAUUACAAGCGUGAGGUCGUCCGAUUUUCCAUUAGUCGAAUCGGGAACAUCACAGAUUGGGAAGAUAAGGCAGAAGCGGACAAGUUCUGGGAUGGUCUUAGGUCAGAUGACAUGAUUCAGGACGUGCUGUAUAUGACAGAAGAUAUCUUGGAUGAGAAGUUCCACGCCAAGAAAGACCAGAAGGAGUUGGAAAUCUGGCUGCUCACUACACUGUUGGCCCCUAUGCAAUCACUUCUCAACUAUUAAAUCGUGCCUCGGGGGUUAUUCAUGGGUUUUAUACUGGGUUAUUGCUGGUAUCAAUAACAGGGCAUCUAACCCAUAUGAUUAUACCACUAUUGCGAAUUAUUUGAUUUAUGUUAUUCGUCUUAGUAUGUUUAUUCAAAGUUGAGAAAUUAAUUAUUAU